AUGGUUCUUAUACAUUCUGGCAAAGCAGCGCCACUCGCAACCCUAGGAACCUUCACCUCACGAUGUGGAGUCGGCACACCGCUCAAUAAUGUUGGCAAAUGCCGACUAAGAGUGCGCUCCGUGUCGACUUCGGUGUUGGCUGAAACCAAGAGUGCUCCUAAUGUCACCCUUCCUCCUCUGUCCGCUCUGCCGACUAGCAUGUUACUCAGAUCCCUGCUGGUGGCGGCUAUCACCUCGAAACCAUACCUCCUCAAACCGUCUCUUUCGAUCCUCUCCCUCCUGUCGAAGUCCGGAAAUGGCCUUCUUUUGAACGUAGACCGCAAUAUCAUUCUCCACACCAUCCUCAAAUGGACCUUCUACAAGCAAUUCUGCGCCGGUGAAAAUGGCAGAGAGACCCAGGCCACCGUCCAGAUGUUCAAAGACCUGGGAUUCCGGGGUACGCUCCUCACAUACGCAAAGGAAACUGUUUUCGAUCAUUCAACCAAGAGCCAACAAGGUCUUGGUAUCACCACGGGACAAGGAAAUGGGCAAGAUAUUUCUGGGAAGGGAUAUUGUGAGCAUAUCGAGGCAUGGCGCGAGGGCACAGUGAAGACAGUCGACCUGCUCGGCGAAGAUGAUUAUUUGGCCAUGAAGUUGACUGGUGCCGGACCAGUCGUGACGGAAGCUUUCGCUGCAGGCGAACUGCCCCCGGUACAGAUGAUCGAAGCACUGGAGGAAAUCUGCCAAAAGUGUAAAGACAAAGGAGCUCGCAUUCUGAUUGACGCUGAAUCUCAACAUUUCCAACGCGGAAUUGCACGCGUGACCAUCGAGCUGAUGCGCAAAUACAACCGGGAUGGAUACGCACUCGUUUACAAUACCUACCAGGCCUAUCUCAAGAGCACCCCAACUACCCUGGCCACUCAUCUCACCGCUGCUAGUCAGGAGGGAUUCACCCUUGGACUCAAGCUGGUACGAGGCGCGUAUAUGGCUUCCGACGAUCGGUCUUUGAUUCACGACACAAAACAGAACACCGAUGACGCAUAUAACUCUAUUGCCCAGGGGGCACUACGACAGGAACUGGGCGAGUUUGGAGCCAGCAACGGCCGUCCUUUCCCCUCCGUGAACCUCUUCCUCGCGAGCCACAACAAGGAAAGCGUAAUGGCUGCUCAUCAUCUACACCAGCAGCGUCUGGCAGCCAAAUUGCCCACUGUACCUGUUGGCUUCGCACAGCUGCACGGCAUGUCGGACGAUGUCAGCUUUAGUCUACUACAAUUGAAGGGACCCGAUGGGUCUCCCCAAGUCUACAAAUGCUCCACGUGGGGUGGAAUGGGGGAGUGUCUGGCAUAUCUCCUCCGGCGCGCGAUUGAGAACCGUGAUGCGGUGUCCAGGACACAGGAUGAAUAUCAGGCAUUGAAGGUGGAGAUCGGAAGAAGGCUGAAGUCGCUUGUUACAUUCUCGGCAUGGCGAACUCUACGCUUUGUAUUCUUGGCUGCGGUAAGUAACAUGCAUAUUUCCCCUUGCGACCAUGGCAGUGUUAAUAAACAUCUCCCAGGCAACUUAGGAGGUGCCAUCCUGAAGAGCUUAAUCGAUGGCCCCAAAGACAAAGAGAGUAACGCGCCAUUCAACCGGUUUAUCGCAUGUGUUCGGAGUCAAGAAUCCGAGCAGCGUUUGGCCGCGCAGUUCCCCAACCACUCGCAAAGCUUGGGGAUUACGCGGGACAACAUCAAGGCUGUUCAGGAAUCGGACGUGGUAGUUUUGGGCGUAGACCCUGCUGUCGUCGAGAAGGUGCUGUCAACUCCCGGCCUCAGUGAGGCCUUGUCGACCAAGCUCCUCAUCAGCGUCGCUGCGGGCUGGACCCGGCAGAAGCUUGAGACCACCCUGUAUGGCAGUCCGACGACAAACAGCAAUGCCAGCGGUCGGGCAUGGGUUGUACGCACGCUGCCUAAUAUCGCUGCGUCAGUCUCGCAAGGCCUUACGGCCAUCGAGAUAUCAGAGCCAGAUGUCCCCGAGCACUACCAGAAGAUCACAGAUGCGGUCUUUGAAAACCUGGGAAAGACAGUACACAUCCCUCCAUCCCUGAUGGAUGCCACGACGGCGGUGGCCGGAUCGACUCCCGCAUUCUUUGCCGUGAUCGUCGACGCUAUGAUUGAUGCGGCCGUGGCGGUUGGCGUGCCGAGGGACCUGGCACGGACUAUGACUGUUCAGGCUAUGACCGGAACCGCAGCCCUUCUGCAAAGUGGCAUGCAUCCGGCAGUCCUAAGAGAUCAGGGCACGUCGCCGGAAGGAUGUACCAUUGGAGGUUUGAUGGUUAUGGAGGAAGCGGGGUGCGUGGCCAUGUUGGGAGAGCUUUACGAGAAGCCGUAA